AUGACCCGCCUCGAAGGCAAAGUAGGCUACUUCCAUACAUACUUCCAUACACGACGCUGCAGCUGCAUCCCCGGUACCUACGGCCUCGGUGGUGUGGCUCCUGUUGAGGUGAAGCCCUCAGCGAACCCUGUCCAAGUUGGAGACAGUGUGACCCUGGCCAUCUCUCCCCUGACACACGCGCAGGCUGGGAGAUGGGCAUUGGGUGCCGAUCCAAUUCUAGUGUGGUUCGGGGACAGUCAGGAUGUGUUCCCCAGUUACAAAGGCCGUGCCUCACUCAACAUCAGUACUGGGGCUCUACUGCUGAAGUCAGUGACUGUCGCCGACUCUGGCAUCUACGUUGUCGAAGGCAGCAACCCUGCGUUUUCAGCUAAUGCCAGCUUGAAAGUUCUCGCGCCAGUCUCCAAUGUGACAGUAACAGCCAAUGUAACAGACCCUGUGGAGUUCAACGACACCGUCAGUCUGACAUGCUCUGCCUCUGGAUCCUCCCUCUCUUUCCGAUGGCAUGAUGGCAGCGCUGACAUCAGAGCCAGCGGGCGUGUUCAUCUGAGUGAUGACAACCGAAUUCUAACCAUAUCUGGCGUACUGAGGUCUGACAAGGGCCCACUGUACUGCAUCGUGUCUAAUACCAUAAGUAACGCCACCAGUAAAGGUUUCUCCCUAAAUAUCAGCUAUGGUCCAAACGACGUCAAACUUACAAUUAGCAGAUCACAGAAGGAUGCUUUUAAGACUGGAUCAAACAUCACGAUGUCCUGCUCAGCUCAGUCCAGCCCUCCUGCACAGUUUCAGUGGGCUUUCAAUGGAGGGAUGUUGAGCAGAGAGGGUCAGGAACUCAGGCUGGAGAACAUUCAGAAGAAUCAGAGCGGCAAUUAUACUUGCUGGGCCCACAACACCAGAACCCUGCGCUACAGCAGUUUGACAAUGCCAAUCACCAUUACAGGUAACUCUGAGGUGUCUGUGGAGGUGAAGCCCGCCGACCCUGCCCGUGUUGGGGACGAUGUGACUCUGGCCAUUUCUCCCCCGCAACACAUGCAUGCUGGGAUAUGGAUGAUCGGCAACACAGUGAUUCUAGUGUGGAUCGGGGACAGCCAAGACGUGUUCCCGGCCCACAACGGUCGAGCCUUAGUCAACACCAGCACUGGGGCUCUGACGCUGAGAUCGGUGACUGUUGCUGACUCUGGCGUUUACACUGUCCGAGGCAACAGCCCUGAACUUACUGCUAAUGUCAGCUUGACAGUUCUCGAGCCGGUCUCUAAUGUGAGAGUGACAGUCAACGUGACAGACCCAGUGGAAUUCAACGACACUGUCAGCCUGACCUGCUCUGCCUCUGGCUCCUCCCUCUCUUUCCGAUGGCAUAAUAGCAGCUCUGACAUCAUAACCAGCGAACACAUUAAGCUGAGCAAUGGCAACCGCUCUCUCACCAUAUCUAGUGUGUUGAGGUCUGACAAGGGGCCUCUGUACUGCGUUGCAUCCAAUGGCAUCAGUAAUGGCACCAGCCAGCCCGUCCUCCUCAAGAUUAGCUAUGGCCCAGAUGAAAUGACAUUUACAAUCAACGGAACACAGAACGGCUCCUUUCACACUGGAUCAAACAUCACGAUGUCCUGCUCGGCUCAGUCCAGCCCUCCUGCACAGUUUCAGUGGGCUUUCAAUGGAAGGAUGUUGAGCAGAGAGGGUCAGGAACUCAGGCUGGAGAACAUUCAGGAGAAUCAGAGCGGCAACUAUACCUGUUGGGCCCACAACACCAGAACCCUGCGUUACAGCAGUGGGAAACUUUCACUUGAUGUCAUGUUGAAGAGUGUCAACCCUGGCCUGUGGUCAGCCCUCAGAUGA